CAGUUAAUAAAUAAGCGAUUGUUUGAGUUAACAGUAACAAUAUAUUCAGCCACUAGUCACUGAUAACCUUAAUGCACAGUCAAACUUAACGGGCAUCAGUUCAAGCCUUGGGACCUUCUUCCGUGUGGUUGAUUUGAAGACGAAUAGAGUUUAAGGAUGAAUAACGCUGGAAUCAAUGUGGUUGCUGCUAACAAGAACCUCCUCACGUUGUACAGUGACAUGGACACAGAGGAAAAAGUUAAUUUUUACAACUCUUGGGCAGAGAACUAUGAAAAGCACAUGAGUGUGAUGGAUUACCAAGCUCCCAGUCAUGGUGUGGAAACCAUCGAUCCAGUAUAUUCGGAUGAUCGAAGCAGUGCGCUGGUUUUCGAUGUGCCCUGUGGAACAGGGAUGGUGGCAGAGCUGAUGCAGAAUCUGGGCUUCAAGAACUUCCAUGGAAUGGAUGGUAGUGAAGAAAUGCUGAAGAUAUCCAAAUCCAAAGGAUUGUACCAGAAGCUGAUGCACUGUCUGAUAACUGGAGAUAAACAGCUGCCCGUAAAAGAAGGUACCUACGACGUUGUGAUGGUUGUUGGUGGAAUGGCCCAGCAACAUCUGCCAUGGGAAAUCCUUCCAGAAUUGCUGAGAAUCACCAAAACAGGAGGACUUAUCUGUCUCACUCUGAGGGCUGAGGUGAGUGAUCACAGGAGUGAACUGCUUGCUUCCAUCCAAGAGUUUCUGAAGAAAGGGCUGUGGGAGGAGGUUGUGAAGCGAUAUAUAGAGAAGUGGCAGAAGGAAAUGCUGCUCUCAGGAGUGUCUGAAGAAUACGCUGAUGGAACCGUAUAUGUCUUCAGGAAGAAAUAACCAGAAGUGAUUACAUAUCUGGCACAGAAGCUUAUGCCUAUACAGCCCAGCUGUUCCUGCCACCAUUUAUCUUCUACAUCAACCUUCUGCCCCACUCUCAUUAUCUAAUCUAUCACCACUAUUCCUCUCUAUCCCAUCCCCCUCACAUGUGAAGUCCUUCAACCAGUCGACAGUUUUCAUAUAAGACGGUUAUCGACUUCACCCUUGACUGUAGAGAAUUUCACAUUCCGUGACACUCUUAGGAGACAAGUUUCUUCUUAAUCAAUUCCCCACGUUGUAACUAUGUUGCAUUGAGCACCUCUGUUUGGUUUACGUGGACCUUAAGACAUUGGAGCAUUAUUUAUUAUGUACUUGCCCAUUCUCCUCAUGGAUUAAUGUGCUCUUUUAAUUUGUUGACAUCCUUCUCAGUUUGACUGUCCCUCCAUUUGCAACCCCUAACACACCUCCAUUACCCCUCCACAUGCACACAGACAGACACACACACACGUACACACACACAUGCAUGAACACAAACGCACACAUAUAUAUAUGCACACACAGACACACAGACACACAGACAUACAGAUGGACACAGAUACACAAACAGAUACACACACACACAUAGACACACACACAAUUUACAAAUGUAAUAAGUGUGCUUAGGUUCAUAAAUCAUUCAUGCAAACUAUGAACAGCAGCAACCUCAGCACUGAUCAUUGCUGCCUCCUCUCCAACUAACAGCCUGAACAUUUUUAAAAUUUUCACUCUUUGUUCCUUGUUCUGAAGCCAGUCACCAAUCCAUCGGAUUUCCUCAUUCCCUGAACUUUGUCAUCAAUAUAUUAUGGACUUCUUAUUGAAGGGAUUCUGAAAACGGUGAAAAAUUACAAGACCUGUAAAACCAAUGUCUCCUGUUUUGUUCUUUCCGCAAAAUUAUGACCACAAAUAGACAAUAAACAAUAGGUACAGGAGUAGGCCAUUCGGCCCUUCGAGCCAGCACGCCAUUCAAUGUGAUCAUGGCUGAUCAUCCCCAAUCAGUACCCUGUUCCUGCCUUCUCCCCAUAUCCCCUGACUCCGCUAUCUCUGCCUCCACCCCCCUCUGUGGCAGAGAAUUCCACAGACUCACAACUCUCUGUGUGAAGAAGUGUUUCCUCUUCCCCGUUUUAAAUGGCUUACCCCUUAUUCUUAAACUGUGGCCCCUGGUUCUGGAAUCCCCCAACAUCAGGAACAUGUUACCUGCCUCUAGCAUGUCCAAACCCUUAAUAAUCUUGUAUGUUUCAAUAAGAUUCCCUCUCAUCCUUCUAAAUAUCAUAGUAUACAAGCCCAGCUGCUCCAUUCUCUCAGCAUAUGACAGUCCCGCCAUCCCAGGAAUUAAUCUUGUAAACCUACGCUGCACUCCCUCAAUAGCAAGAAUGUCCUUCUUCAAAUUAGGGGACCAAAACUGCACACAAUACUCCAGGUGUGGUCUCAUUAGGGCCCUGUACAACUGUAGAAGGACCUCUUUGCUCCUAUACUCAACUCCUCUUGUUAUGAAGGCCAACAUGCCAUUCGCGUUCUUCACUGCCUGCUGUACAUGCAUGCUUACUUUCAAUGACUGAUGAACAAGGACUCUCAGAUCCCAUUGUACUUCCCCUUUUCCCAACUUGACACCAUUUAGAUAAUAACCUGCCUUCCUGUUUUUGCUACCUAAGUGGAUAAGCUCACAUUUUUCCACAUUAAACUGCAUCUGCCAUGCAUCUGCCCACUCACCCAACCUGUCCAAGUCACCCUGUAUUCUCAUAACAUCCUCCUCACAGUUCACACUGCCACCAACUCAGCUAAUAACGAAAUAAAACCAUUUUGAAAUCAA